UUCGCUACCGUGCGAGUCCCGCCUCACAGCAAAAACACCCUCAGUCUAGUCCGAGGCACUUGAGUUUGUGUUCUCUCUGUGCGGUUUUUCUUUGGAUGUGGCCAAUCACCGAAGAAAGGAGCGAAGUGAACAAACUGCAACACUCAAAGGCAUUUUGAACUGUUUGCUUUGCCACCAGCAAUAUAUUUUCGUCGACCGUUCCCCGUCAGCCUAACGUUAGCAUGAUGUCUUAUCUGAAGCAGCCGCCGUACACGGUCAACGGGCUGAGCUUAUCUACCUCCGGGAUGGACCUGCUGCACCCUUCCGUGGGCUACCCAGCGACUCCGAGGAAGCAGAGGCGGGAGAGGACUACUUUCACGCGCGCCCAACUGGAUGUUCUAGAGAACCUCUUCGCCAAGACUCGCUACCCAGACAUCUUUAUGCGAGAGGAGGUGGCUCUGAAAAUAAACUUACCAGAGUCUCGUGUACAGGUGUGGUUUAAAAACCGAAGGGCCAAGUGUCGCCAACAACAGCAACAAACUCAGAGUGGUGCCCAGGGCAAAGUUCGGCCCGUGAAGAAGAAGAGUUCUCCGGUGAGGGAGGUGAGCUCCGAAAGCGGGGCCAGUGGCCAGUUCACGCCGCCUUCAAGCACCUCCGUGCCGGCUAUCUCUAGCAGCACCGCCCCGGCGUCCAUUUGGAGCCCAGCGUCCAUCUCUCCGCUCUCUGACCCGCUCUCUACCUCCUCGUCUGCCUCCUGCAUGCAGCGAUCUUACCCCAUCACUUACACCCAGGCGUCUGGCUACAGUCAGAGCUAUACCGGCUCCACGUCUUACUUCGGAGGGAUGGACUGUGGUUCGUACUUGUCGCCUAUGCACCACCAGUUAACCGGUCCGAGCACAGGCUUGAGUCCCAUGGGCACGAAUGCAGUCACCAAUCACCUGAGCCCCCCCGCCUCCCUCUCUGCUCAGAGCUACGGAACCACGGGCCUGGGCUUCAGCGCUCCGACGGACUGCCUGGAUUACAAGGACCAAAGUGCUUCGUGGAAGCUCAACUUCAACGCAGACUGUUUGGAUUACAAAGAUCAGACAUCUUCGUGGAAAUUCCAGGUGUUGUGAAUGGCGCCGUGGAACACCGUCUGUUCGGGAAUUACACGCCACAGUCAUUUUAGAGACACACGAGGCCGUUAGCGAGGCCUGGAACGGUUUGGCCACGGGACUCACUGGCUUGUUCCUCCGAUAUAUGUUGUGCCUGCAUUUGCAAUUAAGAGAGAACUGUUCCCGAUGCAGAGGUCAUAACAUCACCUUGGUGGACUUUGGAAGUAGCUGCCUUUGCGCAAGUGUCUAUGGGUAUGUUGCACCUGUUUGGUUAACUUCUGCAAACUUGGUGUGAACUCUCUUUAACUUUGAUCAAAGACACGGAACAAAAUUGUUCUCCAAGAAGAAAAUGAUCAAGAACAGCCGAACCUCGGUUAAGCGCGCUGAAUGGAACAGCUUUCCUUAAGCCUCUUACGACUCGUCGACCUUCCUCUGGGUUGGCAAGCUGAAGGACCCCUUUGAUCAGGCCGAGUGUGUGUGUGUAUCUAUGUGUGUGUCUGUUAGAGAGAGAGGGGGGGGGGGGAGGUGCCCGUCAUCGAGGCGAGUCGUUUGGAAAAAAAUGCACUAAUCUAUUUAAGACAAAAUGCUUAUAAGGAGUUUUAAAGAGACAAUCAGUGAGUAUGCGAAAAUACACUGAUUCACGUUAAGUAUGUGUUUUUUUUAUAUGUAGUAGCUUUUCAAACUGUGAUGCGUUGUAGGCAACCAUGCAAUUACACCAGUUUCGCGUCUGCGACGACUUUACUGUGACUUUGAUAGUUUUUUUUAUGUUCAAGUAUUAAUGAUAAAUUAUUAUUACAUUUGUAAAAAAACAGAUAAUACUUUUUUAAAUGUAUCAUGAUGGUGGCCAUACUAUGAAAACCCCUCGUGCAGUCCCCGCAUCCCCUUGUUAAACAUGUGUAUUAUACUGGCAUACAGAUCAGAUUCUUUUCCAAGGUCACUCGAAUAAACAAACACCCUCCGCGAGGACGUGUUGGGUAUUGAAUUGAA